GUCCUCCGUCGUGAUGUGUCCUUUAACGCCCCGGACGUGAAACUCCGCCCCCUAUCCGGCGUGAAACAGCGUGAUCGGGCCAGCGUGAAAGAAAUGAUGCUACGUCAUUCCAUUCCCCUCCCCCCUAACGGCUAUAAAACCGUUGGACCCCAUUUAAAAAAAUUUCUUAUAAAUUCAAACCCCACCCCACGCAAUCUCUCACACCUUCUCUUCAAUCUUUUUUUCUUUCCAUUUUAAAUUUCGAAAUUACUCAUUCUCUAUUCAACAUGAAUCAUUCCGACUCCGGCUUCUUUCCCGACAAUCUCGCGCUCGUCGACGCCGCGAUGUGGUAUUACCAAGAGUUGGGCGAUCGACCGCCGAUGUACGAGACCCAACGGUUGGGGUACGUCGACCAAGAUUCGGUUUCGGAGACUCAACCGGAACCGUCCGGAUCGAAAAAAGAGGGAUGUUCCCGGUCCCGGAGGAGCGGCAAAAACGACGACUAUGUUCUCUGGCUUGCUACGACCCGGUAUCAAGACGACGGGAACCAAGGCAAGGUGUCCAUCGAUCUUUGGAGGAUUUUGAGUUGUUCCCCGAAGUGGCAAGAACUCAACAAUCCCGACGGCGGAUCGUUCCGGAAAAGAUCCACCGUCGACGCCGAGGUUGAGGUCGACGACACUAUCGGUUCUAGCGAUAAAAUCUCUCCCUUCAACGUUGCGGAUUCCGAUGACGAGGACCCCAUUCCACGGCCUAUCGGAAGAAAGAAGGCAAAAUCCAUUGCCUCGGGAUCAGGAGGGUCCGCCUCUCUUUCCGCUUCUCCCCGCGACGAAAUCGGUCGGGCAAUGAUUGAACAACUUCGGGCUUUCAAUCUCCAAGAACAAGAGAGGUUGAAGCUAAAGGAGAAGGAGUUAAAGCUAAAGGAGCAGGAGGCUGAGAUGAAAGUCAUGCAAACUGACCCAGGGACGUUGUCGAAGUUUGGACGAAUGAUCUAUGAGCAAAGAAUGAGAGAGAUCAAGGAGAAAUAUAAUUUACCUUAGUUUUUUAAUUAAUGUAUCCUUUUUUA